AUGAAUUCCUACAAUAAUAAUACAAAACGUCAAGUUUUGUCACUUUAUUCACGUAUUAUUCGUCUUUCAAAAUCCUGGACAGCAAAAGAGCCUACAAAUACUUGUAUAGAGCGUGAAUAUAUUUUAUCUGAGGCUCGGAAGGAAUUUAGAAAAAAUAUUUUUGAGACAGAUCAACUAAAAAUUAAACAAUUAUUGGACGAGGGAAAUAAGCGUGUUGGAAUUGCUUUACAUUAUGGAAUUCCCUAUGACCGACCAGAAUAUUUACCUCCCUCAACCUCUUACGAUGUCGACCUCAAAUCAAAAACUUUUAAACAACGAAAAUCUAAAAGCGCUCAAUGGGACAACGUCUCUCCCACCACUUUUUCAAAUAAAUUUGGAUCCAACUCUAAUUGA